ACAAGUAGUCCAAACAACUUUCCCAGAGGAACUCCUCAAUACAACGCGUUCAGUCUGCUGCAAGAGAAGCUGAGAUUUAACAAAGUAGCCGAAGACGUGUUGAGGAAUCAGCGGAACUACUUCAUUUUGCCUUUGAGUACAUACAUAUAUUUAAGGUUUUUUUUCUCACUUAUAUAUUAAACUCUUACAACUGCCGUCUUUUUGUGGGAGUUAUAAGAUGAGGGAUCUGCGGUUGUUGUUCCUCUUCGGGCUGGCGACUGGUUUCAUCAGUGAAAAACUCUUUGUCUCCUCGCAGACGACCUUCUCCACAACAGAUGAUAUGUACCUAGAGGGCCAAACGUCAGGGGACCUUCCAAUGGAUGAUGAAGAUGGGGAUGAUGACGACGGCUCUGGAUCUGGAUACUAUGCUUCCAGCAACUUCACAGAUACAGAGGAGAUACUCAGGAAGGUUCUCAACAUCUCUCAGACCACAGUCUCCAAAGAAAUGGUUCCAACUCAACCACCGCCUUCAGCAGCCUCGCCUCUCAGCCCGUCAACCACAGCAACAGGCAGCCAGAACACAUCAACCAAAGGGACGGACGCAGAGACGACAGCAUUCAUAUUACCUAACGGGGUCGACAGUGAUGAGAGUACCAGCCCCAGCUCCACCACCAUGCAUCCCAGUGAAACUACUGCAACCACAUCGGGCAUGGACGUCACUGCAAUCAAUCAUACCAACAAGGACAACAGUCUGGAUAGGUGGGAUGUCUCAACACCCAAAAACCGUGGAGAUGAAGUCCUGAUCGAACAGGUCGAAAAUGAAAUUCUGCCCGAAAAUGGCCGAGGCAGAAAAUAUGAGAUGGACGCUCCCGAGGAGGUGACCUCUGAGAACAUGUGGGAGAGGACAGAAGUGCUGGCAGCGGUGAUAGCAUGUGGAGUGGUUGGAUUCCUCUGUGCAGUUUUCCUCCUCCUCCUCCUCACCUACCGUAUGAAGAAGAAGGACGAAGGUAGCUACGACCUGGGAGACACCAAAGUUUCCUCAACGGCCUAUCACAAAGCACCAACCAAAGAGUUCUACGCCUGAACUCACCAACAGGGACAUUAAAUGGAGUCUUUCUCCUCCCAAUCACGUCUAAGAAUGGAUUUAUAAACAACUGGAGAUGUUCCUCUGGAUGAAGUUUAAAGUCAAGCGCCUCUGUUCUUCUUCAGUGCUCCCACCAUUUGGGAAAAAAAAUAAUAAUGUCCUACCUUCUUCCUCUGCUACAGUUUCACAUCUUGCUUUAUGAUCAGUGUUUGUGAAGAAAAGGUCAUACGUAAAAAUACAUUCCUAUCAUUCCAUUCUGGGGACGGAGUUGGACAUUAAAUACACAUCCUAAAUUUCAAGAGAGGAAUCUUUUCUAGAGUAUCGAGAUGGAUCACAACUGUUCUAGUCUAGGAGAGUAAUCCACAUCAAAGUAUUGAAAACACUGUGCCUGUCGACCCACAUUAGGUCUCUAAGCUGAACCACACGUGGCGGGACUUGGUUCUGCGUUACGGACAUACGAUUGUCCCAUUUGGCAGAGCUACAGUCUGAACUGUCCCAGUUCGGCUUAACAACAUUGAUGAAGUUUCAAAGAAACAUGAAUAGCAUUAACACAUUUUGAAUGCUGUUAUUUGGAAAGGUACCACACAUGGGAUUAAUAUUAACAAGGGCCUUGGAAAAAAAAAAAAAAGUAAACCCCUUUUAUUUGAAGUCAAAAUGACUCCGUUAUCGUUUUUCCUUGUUGCAUUUCAUUUUCUGUACGCUUUCUUCGCUGAAUUGAAGAUUUUUGUUGUUAUAAGGAAUUCCUGUUUUUUCAUAUGCUGUCCAGUAUUGAGAGAUUUUGUUACUUUAUCGGUACAUAUUUGUGUUUUCUCACAGAUAUUUGACAUUUAUAGAACUUACCAAAUAUAAAUAUGCUUUAAUUGUUUUUGCCAAAUUAUUAUUUUGUUUUGAUAAGAGAUUUCCAGAAGACAUUUUGUGUUAUAUUCAUACAGUGGUAGCUUUAUGUCGUGCCUCAGCCUUGCAUCCAACAUUAGUAAUAUUUUCAGGACUAUUGUACUUGAUGACUGAGUGCUGCAAGCAUGUGGAGCAGGAUUGCUAAACUAGAGCCAAGAUUAAUGACUAUAGUUCAGAAACCGUAGAAGUGACCAACGCUUUUUGAAGCAGCCAAAGCACAUUCCUUUCUGACUGUCAACUGUAUACAGCUACAAUAGCAAGCGUGAACACAAAGGGACAGUGACAAUGCACAUGACGGGACUAUCCCAAAUCGGUCAUUUAUGCACAAUUUCCAAAUUUAAAAAAAAAAAAAUUAGUUUCAAUGUAAGAUAGUGUAAGCAUGUCAGAUUUUAAACACUCAUUUCCCAAUUCUCAAUCUUUACGACACCAAACCAACUAAAGGAGCAUGGGACCUUCCAGAGACGUUAGGAGCUUCAUACAGGAGGCAGUUAACAGACCACACGGUGGUGUUCCCUUUUGUUAGCGCGUCAUUCUAACUUGUAUACAGCCUGUUAAACAUGUUAGUGAAAAUAUUGGGAAUUUGUCCUCUCUGUGAUGAAUUUUAACACCAGCUAUCUACAGCUUAUUAUGUGUCAAAUACUGCUCUUCACAUCAGCCUCUUACUGAAAUGGGAGAACUGUUGUCUUGAAGCAGCGCUAUCUGUGGCCUUACAAUCUCUGUGAAAGGGUCAAAUAAAUGUUUUUUUUAAUCUACCGUUGGUUAUCAAAAUGACUGGGAUCCGUGGUCGAUACAUACUGUGGGGGCUACUGUGACAUUUGUUGGGCACUUGAAUCCUCCGUGCUUCACAAAACAUUGUAUAUUCAUUUAUAGUUGCUUUGACCUUUGAGCUGUACAGAACCUCUACUGGAAUAUUUCUGUUCCAGUUUGGUCUAAAAAAAAAACAACUCUUCACCCGUCCAUACCAACAAAGAUUUCAUAGAAAUGUCUGACAUACACCUUACUCGUAGAGGAUUAGGACAACAGGAUAGCACUUAAAGAUGAUGACACACAAUAUCCUCUCUCUUCCAGGAUCUCUGUACAUUUAUACAGUAUGUUGAUACUAUAGUGUUUAUGUAUUAAUUUAUACUUGCUUAGUUGACUAUAAUCCAGGUUAAAAAGUCAGUGACAAAUUGGGAUUGUACAGUAUUUACACAUGAUUGAAGCCUCUUUGUGCCUUCUGCUGUUUUAUUUUUUAAUAUUUGUUUUUCAUAUAAAUGCAUUUAAUACAUGAUUAAAGAAUAAUGAAUUAUUUGUAAAUAUAAGGAGUCUUUCAUUUUAAUUUCAAAGUUGAAUAUGAAUUGACUGAAGCCUUGAUUUGAACAAAUAAACACCUACACUUUGUGGGGACCAACCAGAAAACAACUUGCAGAUAAAAUCAUGACAUAAGCACACGAGGUGGCCAAUAGAGAAUUGUCUUGCUGAAAUCAUGUAUCUUACGAGGUUCACCGCUGUAUAAAAGAUGUGGCUUUAAUGCAAAUCUAAAA